GCAUAGCCUUAAAGAGUUAAAAUCUGCAAAAAAAUAUGGCUUUCAUGUCGUUGUUCUUCAGGUAGUAACACUGUCAUGAUUUCCUGAUGGAGUCUUUGAGUUUGUUUGAGCCCUCAACAUGCCAUGACUCGGCAGGCCCAAAGGUACGAUGAGGGUCCGUUGGGAACGUCUGGCAGAACCUCCGGCAGAGCUUUGAUCGAAUCGUGAGGGAGGCUGGAGACAAUGAGUCAGAUUGAACCAUGUUCUCCUCCGUUCUUCCGUUCCGCUGCCUGUCGUGAUGACAACCCCCGAACCCAGCGGUGGACACUGGAAGUAAGGGAUACCGUGAAGCUGAAAAACGAGUCCUGUUGAACCUGGCUUGCAUCUUAGGACUCCUGAGGCAUCUGAUAAGUACAGGUGGGUCAAGCAGACUGCAGUCCGGGUGGUUGUUGAGGCAGAAACUGGAAAAUCUGCCCCGAGUACCUCAGUCUCUAGACAUUGUGGGGCUGUUUUGGCUAAAAGUCUAUGUCAGAGUGCUGGAGAGGAGAAUACGUCUGAUAGCCAAACCUCAGAUCCAGGAGAAACAGCGCUUUCGGCCUGGUCGUGGAACACUUCAGGGGUACUCUUUCCCAUGAAGCACUGCCAGACUUUUUACAUUUGCUAAUAUAUAUCCAAAUAUAAAUGCUUUUGUCAUUCAAAAUAAAAUAUUGUGUAAGAGACUUUUAUUUUAUUUUAUCAUCAUUUCUUGUACCGAAACAAAUAACUCGUGCACUAAAAAUGUAGAUUUUGGUGAGCUUAAUAGGUAAUAUUUUAACUUCUGGAGGGUUGGUGGCGAGUUACAAGUUAACAGAUCAGUGCUGUCCGUCUUCUAACCAUGUUACACGCAACAUCAGACGACAAGUUAGCAUACUGCUAAAAGAGACGGAACAAAACUAGAUCUCAGGCUUGCGCACUCAACAGCCAGUCCACUUCCGUGUUGUACACCUGCGACAGGUAGGCAGGGCUCUAAAGCUAAAGACACCUGCGCCACGGCUGUUUCACAGUACAGACAGCAGCGAAACCAGGAAAAUACUUCCUUUUUAUUCUGACAAAAGUAGCAAAACCUAUUAUUAUCUUUCGUUCACCAUGAGUACGGAAUACAGACUUUGUGAACUGGCAACGGUGUCCUCGCAUGUCGAUGACCUGGAGACUGACCCUUCAAACCGCCCAGACCCAGCAGGAAGUGUGUGUGAAGGCGGCGGGCUGUUUUCACACACCAAUGGUACACUAAAUGGACAAUCGCCGACUAAUCCUGUCCCCGAACGUGAGGAGUCGGAGAAGGCUGUAGGCGGUCCGGACUCCUCGGGAGGAGAGAAGCUGUGUCCAGUACACGGACGAGAACUACACUUCUACUGUGGGACAGAGGAAAGACUGACCUGCUCGAAGUGUGUGUCCGAGGGGUUUUGUCAGGGUCACAAGGUGAUGGAGCUGGUUACCAGGGCAACUGUAGUAAGGAAUCAGCUGGUGGAUGUCUGUGAAAAAAUGCAGCUGCAAGCCCUGCGGAUCGAAAGAUUCAUUGACCGCACACUUACGGCUAGAGAGAAGGCCGUACAGACGGACGCGAACAGCGCGCGAGAACGAGUGUUGGCUCAGGUGAACGCGGUGCGUGAGGCUCUCGAGGAGGAAGAGCAGCGUCUCCUGGAGGCCAUACACCGAGAGGAAGAGCGCGUGGAGCAGUGCCUGCUCACCCAGAGAGCACACUGGACACACACUCUGGAGAAACUCACACGCGCACGCACCAGUCUGGUGCACACACUCACACACUCGACGGAUACCGCCAUUGUGAGCUCUAACGAGGAAAUAAAUGACAGAGUAGAGGACGCGGAGGGUGUGGGUGAACCUAGAGACACUGAGCAGCUGACUCUGAACAGAGGCUGCAGUGACAGUCAGCUCAUGGUGGGACUGUGGGCCAGUGCCUUACUGCUACGACCGUCUGCCCACACGUUAACCGCACUCCGCUUUGAAGCUCAGACGAUCGGUCCUCUUCUCUCUCUCUCCAAUGACCAGCGCACCUUAACGUUCCUGGCCAAACGUCAGCGUCAGUCAGCUCCGUCCGACCCGGCGCGCUUUGACAGCUGGCCUAACGCCCUCUGCUCUCCUCCCAUGUCCUCUGGUACUCACAGCUGGGUGCUCGAUGUGGGCACCAGCGCGGCCUUCAAAGUGGGGGUGUGCUAUUCCAGCAUAGAACGCAAAGGGUCCGGCAAUGGAGCGCGGCUCGGCUACAACCCCAAGUCGUGGGUGCUCUCGCAUUACGAUGAAGACUUGUCUUUCUGUCACGACGGAUGUAAUGUGGGCAUCACCGUGGCUAAGAAGCUCAAAAGAGUGGGGCUGCUUUUGGACUGGCCCAGUCGGACCCUGCUGUUUUAUGAUCCUGAAUCUACGUCUGUGCUGCACGUAGUCAGGCAUGCUUUCAGUGAGCCGCUGCUGGCCGCCUGUGCUGUGGCUGAUCAGAGUGUCUCUAUACUGCACUGAACACGUGAUGAAUGCUAAUGGAGGCUCUGAAGAUCCUGAGGACUUGAAGGAACGGUGGAUGUAACGCUACGCCGUGCCAUUUGAACCGGCGGUCGUGGUUUACGUUAUCUGUGCUCCUGUAUAUGCAAAAUCAAGAGAGCCGGCGAUAAAACCAAAACGUCGUUUAGUUAUAAAGAAGCUCAUUUGCCAGUAAUCACUCAUUUUGCCAACUUGCUUAAAAGAACUACAAGCAUAUGCCAAUGAUCGCUUUUAUAUUUAUAAAGUAUUUAAAUCAUUUUAAGUAUUUCACGUUAAGUUAGUCUAGUUGUUGUUUGACUGUUUAUAUUCAUUGCCUGCACAUCAUAUGAAAUAGUUGCCCAACUGAUGCUGAUAUUUGUAUGUGAUGUGUUCAUGCAAUAAAACAUGAAACAUGAAACCA